UGCACAGGACUCUGAGAGGCUGCUCGGGCCUUGAAAUGAUCCUUCUUACAAGGAUUUUCCUUCUUCCUCAAGGGAAAGAAAACCCAUUGAUAUAAAACCCCACUUGCCUUCCGGCUUCCCCUGCUAACUGCCACUCCAACAGAGACCGAGUGUGGACAAAUACAGGAGAAAGAAAAAAUCGUAAGCUGAGCCUGGUCACAUUGCCCCUUGUGAUAUAGUUUUAUUUUUAACUUCAAAACACUUGAACUAUUUCUGUUGAAGUUUUUUUCUCCUUUCCCUACCUCCUCGACGAAACUCUGUCCUCUGCUGCAGCCAAUGCACGCCGAGCCACCUCCGGCAGUCUACUUGCUCACCAUCAAGGGACACAAGUGCAGCAGAUGCUGACUCAGCCCAUGCCAUUAAGAGUUACAAAGCAAGAAGAAAUUUGGAAGCUAUGCGUAGGGCGCGCAGGCCUCCACCAGGGCAGCACAGGCACUGUGACAGAUGCUUCAACCGUCACUGCCACAUGCCUAUGGAGCCUGGUGUCUCCUGCCUGGUGAUAAACUGCCACCUGUCCUGCGGUGCUACCUUCCACAUGUGCAAAGAGGCAGAGCACGAGCUCCUGUGCCCUUUGGAGCAGGUUCCGUGCCUCAACUCCGAAUAUGGCUGCCCCCUUUCCAUUUCCCGUCACAAGCUGGCCAAGCACCUGCAAGUGUGCCCCGCCAGCGUGGUCUGCUGCUCCAUGGAGUGGAACCGCUGGCCAAACUUGGACUCUGAAACAGCCCUUCACGAGAACAUCAUGAAAGAGACCCCCAAUGAGGAGUGCUUGGACACAGCCCUGGCCCUCCAAGACCAGAAGGUCCUCUUUAGAUCUCUGAAAAUGGUAGAACUUUUCCCAGAAACUAGAGAACCCAUGGAAGAGGAACCUACCAUGAAUGGUGAAGCCAGUUGGAAGGAAAUGGAAGGAGCGGUGGGUGGGGCAGAUGCUGGUUUGGUAACAACCACCAACGGAGAGGUGGCAGAGCUGAGUCAAGAAGAACGAGAGGUAUUAGCCAAAACCAGAGAAGGGAUGGACCUAGCCAAGUUUGACAAGUGGGAAAAUAUGUUCAGCAAAGAGCAUGCGGCCUCUGCUUUAACGAGCUCAUCAGUGAGCAGUGAGAGCAAGAGCAGGGAUGGCCCAGAGAAAGAACAGAUUUCCAGCAGCAACAACAUGGUAGAAAAGAGCGCUGCCAAAGGGAAGGAAACACAGGAAGACCAGAAGCAGCAGGACUUUCAUGAAGCCAUAGAAAAGUCAGGGCUUGCCCCUUGGCAGGAUGGUGUUCUGGAAAGACUGAAAACAGCUAUGGAUGCAAAGGACUAUAAUAUGUAUCUGGUGCACAAUGGGAGGAUGCUUAUUCACUUUGGUCAGAUGCCUGCUUGUACACCUAAAGAGAGAGACUUUGUUUAUGGCAAACUCGAGGCUCAGGAAGUGAAGACUGUUUACACCUUCAAAGUUCCCAUGAGCUACUGCGGGAAGCGGGCUCACCUCAGAGACACCUCGUUGAGUAGUAGGCCAAGUGAACACAAGGCAGUAGAUACUUUGGAUUUAGGGAUCACUGUGGAGGACCUCCCCAAAUCAGAUCUCAUCAAGACCACCCUGCUGUGUGCUCUGGAAAGAGAACUCAAAGGUCAUGUCAUCUCUGAAUCCAGGAGCAUUGAUGGGGUGUUCAUGGAUUUUGCUACACAGACAUACAGUUUUGAGCCAGAACAAUUUUCCUCCAGGACGGUGCUGGCUGACCUUCUAACCACUGCCAAUCUGAAUGGGCUCCAUAUGGAGCUCCACAGUGAGUGUGUGACCAGGAGACACAACAAGAGCAGUUCUGCCUUUACUUUCACUUGCAACAAAUUCUUCAGGAGGGAUGAAUUUCCCCUACAUUUCAAGAAUGUCCACACAGACAUUCAGUCAUGUCUCAAUGGUUGGUUCCAGCACCGAUGCCCCCUUGCCUACUUGGGAUGUACCUUUAUUCAAAACCAUUUCUGUCCCCCAGGGAAAAAGGCAAAAGUAAUCUACAGUCAGGAGCUCAAGACCUUUGCCAUCAAGCCGGAGGUUGCUUCAGAGCUGAGUGAGGGAGGGAACAACCAUCUCUCAGGCCGUGAAGGAAAAAACCAGAAUUCUCUAACCAGCCUGCCCCUGGAGGUUUUGCAGUACAUUGCUGGGUUCUUAGACAGCAUCAGCCUAUCCCAGCUCUCCCAGGUGUCCGUGCUGAUGAGGAAUAUCUGUGCCACUUUGUUACAAGAGAGAGGGAUGGUCCUCCUGCAAUGGAAGAAGAAGAGGUAUUCCCAUGGAGGCACCUCGUGGAGAGUUCACAGAAAGAUCUGGCAAUUCAGCAGCCUCUUCUCCAAAAUCAAGGGCUGGGAGUUUAAUGAAGUUGCCUCCAUGUCUGAGCACCUGAAGUCCUGUCCUUUCAACGUUGUAGAACACAAGACUGACCCGAUUCUUUUGACCAGCAUGUGUCAGCCCCGUAAGCAGGCCUCAGAGACUUUAGUCACAACCUUUAAUGCCAGACCAAGAGGAAGACACACCUACUAAAGGCUCAGAAGCCACCCUUCUUGGAUUCCCACUCAGGGUUACUGAAAGUUCGACAGAGUUUGGUUUUGAGGACUUCCUUCUGUAAACUGCAAAUGUGCUUAUCUCGGUGUUUUGGAACAUGCAAAUGUCCUUCAAAACCUGAGCAGCUGCACAAGGCCGAAGAAUUUCCUAAGCCAUGACUUGUAUAACUGCUAUAGUGCCAUACUGAUAACUUAUUUCCUCCCUCCCCCCACACUCUUUUUCUAAAAUAAAUCAGUCUGUGAAGUAUUUUAAAUAGGUGACUUGAGGCCAUUUGGAAGAUGAGAUGAGAGAGCCGUGAAAUUCCAUAACCAGCACAGGCCUGUGCUUUUGUGGAGAGCUUUUCAGUUUAUAAGCACUUGUAAUGAUAUGGAGCAGGCAAUGUAGGGAUGGGGACUGACAUGCCUCCCAGGGCACCCAGGGUGAAGGGCACAGUUUGAAAUUUCUGGAGCUGGGGUUGUCCUGACAGCCAAGUCCAGGGCUUUUUUUAGUUGCCCCACUGCGUCUAAGCCCAGACAGUCCAAACAGCCCGAAAGAAUAGAGACCUAGGCUAAGCACAACAGCCUCGAGGACACCAAAGGCCAAAGGAUGAGAGGUAGACAUGAGGUCCUAGAAUGCGAUUGUUGUAUAGAAUCCUGGCAACAUAUAGAAGGACAGCCUUGAAAAAUGAAGAAGAAUCCAGAGGAGAUAUUAUAUUUAUGGAGAAAAUUAGGGCCAAAAGCCAGAGCCUACUUUCAAACAUUUUAAUAGUGACUUGAGAGUCAAGGUUCUUUUCCUCUGAAAAUU